AGGGAGGAAGUCGCUGCCGGGGCCCUGAGUCCCGCCCGAGCCGCGCCGGAGCAGGCAGGGCCGCGCCAUGGCCCGCACGGCUCCCCCGACAGGGCCGCCGCCCCCGGGGCCACCGGCCCGCGGUUCCCUCAGCCUCCAUCGCGCCUACCUGCGGAGCCCCCUGGGCCUGCUACGCCUGGGACAGCUGGCUCUGGGCGCUGCCUUCUGGGUGACGGUAGCGGCUCAUAAGUACGAGGGGGCGGCCCACUUCGCUCUGUUUGCCGCCGUCCUGGUCUGGCUCCUCACCCUGGCCCUCUUCGGGCUGAGCCUGCUGGGGCGCUGGGAGCUGGUGCCCUGGCUGGGCUCCCGCUGGCUUCUCACCAACCUGGUGCACGACCUGGCACUGGGUGUGGGGCUCUACGCAGCUGCCACUGGCAUCAUGGGUCACAAGGCCAAGCAGAGGAGCUUUUGUAACCUGCCAGGCUACAGCCAGCACUGCCUGUACAGUGCCUACCUGAGCGCAUCCAUCUGCGGGGGCAUCACUGCCUGCCUGUACCUCUUCUCCGGCCUCUAUUGCCUGUCACGGCGUUGCCAGGACCAGCGAGACAUCAUCUAAUACCCCAUGCCACUUGGCUCCCCUUCUCAGCCGCAGACAGAACGCAGCCUGUUUUUGGGAUGAAAUGACCCUGCCACCCCAUCCCCUCCUGGCUGACUGCACUGCAAUUCCUCCAGAGACUCCUGCACAGUUGGAUGAACAGACAGAGGCCUUCACCAAGCACGGUUUCCCCUGCAGCGCACCGAGACAGCGCGGACACCCAGUCACUGAGCAGCCCUUCUCCCACCCCUGGACAGAUGUAGGCUACUGCAAGUGGAAGGACCCAAAUGGAGAGCCCCUAAGAGGGAUACCAAUUUUUGAGAGCCCCCCUAGGACUCCAGCCAAAAUCCCCUGCCCCUGGUCUUGCAGAUGCUGCAUGCUCAGGUGGGUGCUGACUUUUCCUUGGGGUGGAAGGGGACUGGCCUUGGGGAGCUGAGCUGGGGGCAGCAGUGCCUAGUGGAGUUGGAUGGGCAUAAACCCCUCUGGCCUGCUGGCAGUCCUAUCUUGCCAUUCUAGCUGCAUGGUGCCUCCACAAUUCCCUAAGGGAGGUUCCGAGCUUGGCUUUCCCAGCCGGGGCCCCUCAUUCUGUCUGGCCUGAAAACAUUCUUCAUCUCAUUGGAGCCCCAAAGGGCCCACCGCCUCCCUGUCCUGUACUCGGGGGGGAGGGGGUGUGGAGACACCCACGUACUGCACACCAGCAUCCAGUAUCUUGAUCCAGCAUCACCCCAGCCCAGACUGGAGAUUGAGCAGGGCAGCAAGACCUCCAUUGCUGCAGAGGGAGGGGAAGGACAUGUGGAGCCAUAACCUGUUCUGUGACCCUGGGCCUCCAGCCCAGGAGUUUAUACAGGCCAGGUGCCCCAUGGAUUGAAGGGAGCCUGUCAUGGAAUUGUUCUCUCCUCCUGCUGUUCCUUCAGAGAGGUUUGUGGCUCCAAGCCACCCGAAGCCACUGAACCAGGCCUUGGGCCAGGCUACUCCAAAAGGGACAGAAACAGCCUUGCUGAUGGUUCUGGAGACCAGCCUGCAGCCCUGCCUGUCUCUGCUGCACUUGUUUUAUCAUCCUGAAAAACUUUUGUCUCUGGACUCUCUGGGACUGGGCAGUGCCUGGAGACUGUGGUGAGGUGGAGAGGAUGAGCAUUGCAGCAUGGCAGUUCUAGGCUGUGCUGGUACUCUGACCACGGGGGAGCUGGGGCCAGGCAUUGCGGGAGCACAACCUACCUUGGAAAACAGAAGAGGACACUGGCACUGGAGCCAGCCCAGCCCUGGAUCAGCCUCCACUAGCUACCAGGUGCCAAGCCCUGACAAGGCCAUGUAGGGCUGACUGGAGAAAUGGGCAGCCAGAGACAGAAUUUUUUGAGCAGAAGUGUGCUAGGGCUGCCCUGCCACAAGCCCUCCUCCCCCUACCUGGAGGCAGGUCCUCUCUAUUGCUCCUGGUGCAAGGGAGGGUCUGCUCCAGUCUCUAUGUAGACUCAGAUCAGUGAGAUGGGUGUCCCCAGCAGCUGGCCACAGCUGCCUGUUGCCUGGGGUUCCCUGGAGCCUCUUUAGAGGUGAAGAGCAGCAGCCAUUAUUCCCCUGGGGGCUUGAAGGGGUCUGGGAUUGGUACUGGGCCACCAAUUUCAUCGUGAUAUGCUGUCCCAGUGGAAAGUGUUCAGAGGCCCUGCCAAGGCCAUGUACCCUUUCCCUGGGUAGGACAUGCUGUCUGUGCCGUGUCAAGGCUGGUCCCUGACACUGCCUGCCUCUGCCUUACUCUGGUGCAGCCUUUGGCUCAGGUUGUCCAAAAUGCCGUCGGUGCUUCUGCCACCACAGGUGCCUUCCCCUGGCUUUCUGCAGUCCUGUCUGUCAACCCAGCUCUAUCCCCCUACAGCCUCCUUUCAGGUGCCAAUGGAUUCACUUUCCAAAUAAAGUAAUGUUGGCGCUCA